GUCACGAAACCCAAAAAAUCCAAGUACAAGAUAUUUUAAUAGUGUUAGCCAAAACAAAGACAGACAAACAGUAAGCAAACAUUAAACUCCCAAAAACCCUACUUCACCUUGUCGGAGACAGAGACAGUUUGUAACACAAAAUGAAAGUAGUGGCUUUAGUGAGUGGCGGCAAAGACAGUUGCUAUGCCAUGAUGAAAUGCAUUCAAUAUGGCCACCAGAUUGUUGCGUUGGCUAAUUUGAUUCCUGCUGAUGAUGCUACGGAUGAGCUUGAUAGCUACAUGUAUCAAACAGUUGGGCACCAAAUAGUUAUUGGCUAUGCUAAAUGCAUGGGACUCCCAUUAUUCCGGAGGCGAAUUCAAGGAUCCACAAGGCAUCAUGACCUAAGCUACAGUAUGACUCCUGGUGAUGAAGUUGAAGAUAUGUUUAUAUUGUUGAAUGAAGUAAAAAGACAGAUACCCUCUGUUACAGCAGUAUCUUCUGGUGCCAUUGCAUCUGACUACCAGAGAUUACGUGUAGAAAGUAUAUGUUCAAGGUUAGGGCUCGUGUCAUUGGCGUACCUAUGGAAGCAAGAUCAAUCAUUUCUUCUACAGGAAAUGAUAACAAACGGAAUUAUUGCAAUAUUAGUGAAGGUUGCUGCUAUUGGACUGAACCCCUCAAAACACUUGGGAAAAGAGAUAGUAGAACUGGAACCCCACCUCCACAAGUUAAAAGAGUUAUAUGGAAUAAAUGUCUGUGGCGAAGGUGGAGAAUAUGAAACAUUAACCCUUGAUUGCCCUCUAUUUAAAAAUGCUCGAAUUGUGCUGGAUGAAUUUCAAAUCGUCUUGCAUUCUUCAGAUUCCAUAGCCCCUGUUGGCAUUCUCCACCCUCUGGCAUUCCAUCUGGAAAAUAAGGUUGAGUCAAUAUCUUCAAAUGGCGUUGAUGAAGGAAGCAAUGUCGGUCAGAAGAACGUGGAUACAGUAAUUGCAGUUCAAGGAGAUGUCCAACAAGGUGAAGCUGCUAGUGAAUUUGUUGCUGUAAGCUCUAAGCAACCAGGUGUUACUAAACAGGAGCUCAAAGUUUCUAAAACAAGGAAGGAUAAUGUCUUUUCUAUCUCUUGCUGGCUCCAAGACUCCUGUAAAAAUUCAUCAGAUCUACAGGAGGAUCUGGAGGUUGUUCUAAUGAAAAUUGAAGCUCUGCUCGUGGAAAAUGGUUCCUCUUGGGAAAAUGUAUUGUAUAUCCAUCUAUAUAUUGCUGAUAUGGAUGAGUUUGCAGUGGCAAAUGAAACCUACGUCAGAUAUAUUACUCAAAAGAAGUGUCGUUAUGGUGUACCAUCGCGGUCCACCAUUGAGCUCCCUCUAUUGCUAGUUGGUUUAGGGAGAGCAUAUAUUGAAGUCUUGGUGGCAAAUGAUCCUACUAAAAAGGUCUUGCAUGUACAAAGUAUUUCUUGCUGGGCUCCUAGCUGUAUUGGUCCAUACAGUCAGGCAACUUUGCACAAUGACAUACUACACAUGGCAGGACAGCUGGGGCUUGACCCAGCAACUAUGGUGCUCUGUGAAGGAGGUCCUGUUGCAGAACUUGAACAGGCACUGCAAAACAGUGAAGCAGUUGCUAGAAGCUUUAACUGUUCAAUAUCUACGUCAGUCAUAGUCUUUGUGAUAUAUUGUUCAGAAUCUAUGGAAAAAUUAGAAAGAGUUGUUGUUCAGAAGAAAACAGAAACAAUUCUUAAGCAAAUGAAGUCGCAGCAUUCUGAGGACGCAAAGAAGUCCGAAGUCCUAGAUCCAAUUUUCCUAUAUGUUCUUGUUCCUGAUCUUCCAAAAAGAGCUCUGGUUGAAGUAAAGCCAAUGUUUUACACGGGGGAGUAUUCGUCUGCUCCAAGUGAUCAUGCCAAGCAAUAUCAAUCCACAGGACAAGGUUAUUGGGGUUUGGGGUAUGAAACUUGGCAUGACAUUUGCCUUCAGAAAUCUGUUGUUUAUGGGAAAAUAUGCACAGCAAUUCUUUCAGUUACUGAAGAGCUUGCAGCAAAAAUUUGCUCCCUCACCAAUGUUGCAUGUCAUGCCGAUGUUAAGUCCAAAAGUCUUGUCGAAGAGGAACAAGUCAUAAUGAUCGCAAGAUUUUUCAUUUAUCGUCUCGAUAAAGUCCUUUUGGAGAAUGAUUUCUCUUGGGACGACGUAAUGAAUUUAAGGCUCUACUUUGCGAGUAGCCUUAAUAUCCCUCAUGGAACAUUGUCUCAAAUCUUCUCUGAUGUGUUUAAUGAAUUUGCUCAGAUGAGUCGGAGAAUUAAAGUAGAUGCUGAACCUAUUUUAAAUAUCGUUCCUGUCUUGGGUGCUGGGAGGUCUUUGUCGACCUUGGAUGAUAUAUUCACAUGUGAACUCAUUGCUAGCAAAUGUUAGUCAUUUAAAUAGGGGAUUGAUAUAUUAAAUGUUCAGUUCAGAAAAAAAGAGUAUUGAACUUGAGCAAAUUCUUAUUAUGUUAUUGUGAUCCCCAAUUGUUGCAAUUUACACGCUUUAUAGGAAAUGAACAUACGAAGUUUAUCUCAUAUCUGAAAUACUCCCUUAAGUUGCUGCA